AUGGAGGAGUUCAAUGAAAUCGACAAAUCAUGGAUGAGAGUGGGCCAAAGUUCAGCCAAGGCAGCCUAUCAGCAGUUAGCACUACCAUUGGAUCCUGCUUUGUAUUCUGAUAUCUUGAAGAAUACUUUAAUGGAUUUUAUUGUUAUUCGUUUAUUGGCUAGUGAGGUGGGACGGCGUUGGGAAGUUCCAGGUUUGAGAGUAGGAGAAGGCGCAGCAGUGGAGUCAGUCUUUGCGACAGCAGAGUUUGGUUUCAGAGCAUUGACAGUAGCUGGUGCAGGUUUAACAGGGGUGGUUUGUACGGUAUGA